AUACCGUCAGCCAUUGGAUUCAUUUGUCGAGGAGGAGGAGGAAUCGGAUGUACAUAAGAACCAAACCAGGGUCACCUUUCUUGUUUCUACACUUUUAAAAAUAUUCCCAGUCUGUUAAGGUGCAAUUCUCAAUGUGGAUUUGGUGUUAGCCGACCUUCGGCAGCUUGUGUCUCCACUCCACCCGCCUGCCACCCAAAUAUUCAGCGACAGAUGACAGUGACAGGCAGGGUGUAGUUAGCUGUUCAGUGAUAAGAGAUAAACUGUGUCACGGCGGCUGUCAGACGCAGAUAAAACUGACAAUAACGGUCUAAACUCGGUAAUGUAGUUGCAGAAAGCUCUACAACUGCUCUGCUAUGGAUACGGUACUUUGACCUACCGGGCUAUGGGACUAAUGUUUCUCUUCUGGACGGACUUAACAAGAAACGCCUCGACACCAUCGUUUUCUGAAUCUGACUGACCACUAAGUAACAAACAUAUAUCUUUUAACUUUAGCUAUUAUCAACAGUUCAACUCAGACGAUGCUGCUUUUAAUUCGCACGCCAAGGUGCCCACAUGCAGUGUAUUUGUCCAAACUCAAGCUACCACAGCCGAGGAUGCUGUGGCUGGAGCACCGUCUGCCUCCCUCCGCUGCCUUCCGCAGGAAGAGACCGUCGACCGUCAAGUCAUCAGUCCAUCCGACACCUGCCUUCCCUUUCUGCUCACCCGGACACUUCAUGUCUGCCCUGUCCUGCAGUCCACUUCGGGGUCUUUCCAUACUCCAUUCACACACACCGACAGGCGGAGCACGGACAGUCACACACACACCUGUUGCCUUUGCCAGCUCUUCAGCCUCUUCUGCGCCUACACCAGCCGGACCAGCAAAGACCCAGACGGACAGGGAUCAGACACCGACCACGGUUCCCCUGGAGGAUGUUAAAAGGAUUUUGCAACUUGCUCACCCGGAGAGAUGGAGACUGGCAGCUGCUUUAGGGUUCCUAACUGUCUCCAGUGCAGUAACCAUGUCCGCUCCAUUCCUCCUGGGUAAAGUGAUCGACACCAUUUACACCACUGGAACAGACACAGAGACGAUGGCAGCCUCCCUGACAUCAUUAUGUAUCAUGCUGACGGGAGUGUUCCUGUGUGGUGGGGCAGCCAAUGCUGCCAGAGUCUACCUCAUGCAGACUUCAGGCCAACAGAUUGUUCGUAAUCUCCGUGCCGCCGUCUUCUCCUCCAUCCUCAGACAGGAAGUGGCAUUUUUUGACAAGAAUAGGACCGGUGAGCUUAUCAACCGCCUCUCUGCUGACACCACCGUGGUGGGCCGCUCGAUCACUGAUAACCUGUCAGACGGGCUGAGAGCCGUCGCCCAGGCAGCUGCUGGUGUCAGUAUGAUGUUCUAUGUCUCCCCCAGUCUUGCAUGCUUUGUGCUGCUGGUUGUUCCUCCUGUGGCCGGUCUUGCUGUAGUCUAUGGCAGAUACCUGCGCUCCAUCUCCAAAUGCACACAGGAUGCACUUGCACAAGCCACACAGUUGGCAGAGGAGCGUAUCAGCAACAUACGGACGGUCAGAGCUUUUGGUAAAGAGCUGUCAGAGGUAAACACAUACACACAGAAGACAGACCUGGUCCUCAGCUUGGCCAGGAAGGAGGCUGUUUUACGAGCUGGCUUCUUUGGAGUGACUGGUCUCAGUGGUAACAUCAUGAUCCUGUCAGUGCUGUACAAAGGUGGGCUUCUGAUGGCCAGCCAGCACAUGACUGUGGGAGAGCUCUCAUCAUUCCUCAUGUACACCUUCUGGGUGGGCAUCAGUAUUGCAGGUCUGAGUUCAUUUUACUCUGAGCUGAUGAAGGGUUUUGGAGCAGGAGCCAGACUUUGGGAGCUGCUGGACAGAAAGCCUGAGUUUCCUCUAAAUGAAGGCCUCAUGCUUCCUUCAGACCAGCUGAAGGGUCGGUUGGAGUUUUCUGAUAUCUCCUUUGCCUACCCGACACGUAAGGAGGCUCCUAUUUUCCGGAACCUCAAUCUGCUGGUCCCAGCUGGUACCAUCAUGGCUGUGGUGGGACCCAGUGGCUCUGGAAAAUCAACCCUUGUCUCUCUGCUUCUCAGGCUGUACGACACUGAUGCUGGUAUCAUCACCAUAGAUGGUCAUGACAUCAGAGAUCUGAAUCCCUAUUGGCUCAGGAGUCACAUUGGAACUGUCAGCCAGGAGCCCGUGCUGUUUUCUUGCUCUAUAAGAGAUAAUAUAGCAUACGGUGCAAAGGACCCAGAAGCUGUGACCACAGAGGACAUCUACAGGGCAGCCAGAGUGGCCAACGCCUUUAACUUCAUCCAGACCUUUCCUAAGGGCUUUAACACCAUAGUGGGGGAGAAGGGAGUGCUGUUGUCAGGUGGUCAGAAGCAGAGGAUAGCAAUAGCCAGAGCUAUGCUCAAAAAUCCUAAGAUCCUGCUGUUAGACGAAGCUACCAGUGCAUUGGAUGCUGAGAAUGAGUUCUUGGUCCAGGAGGCCUUGGAGCGUCUGAUGGAAGGGAGGACAGUUGUGAUCAUCGCUCACCGUCUGUCCACCAUCCAGAAUGCGAAUGCAGUUGCUGUACUGGACCAGCGGCGUAUAGCCGAGUGUGGCCAGCACACAGAACUGCUAGGCAACAGGCAAGGACUGUUCAGAAAACUGAUGGAGAAACAGGCGUUUCUGCAAGAUGAACAGAAACGGGCACUUCGUUGAGAGGACAGGGAGUACACAGGAGUGGAUGAGGAAGAGAGAGAAAACAGGAGGUGAGACCAAUUCCUGGGAAAAAGUGGCUUUGCUCUAGAAAGGGGUCGGUGGAAAGGGGGGGGAUAUUGCCUGGAAUUUAUAGACAUUGAUAAAAGCUGAAAGAAAGCAGAACUUCAUCUGUACGGACUACAGAUACACACUAGAGAGAGAGAGAGGAGAAUGGAAAAUCACUGAGAAACAUCAAAGGGGUUUCUUAAAUGCUGCAGGUGUUUUUUCACUGUUUAAAGGACUAUUUGGCACCACAUGAAGAGCCCUUUGGAAAGGAAACAGACAGGGUAAUCCACAGCGAAGACCUAAGAACUGAAACAUGGAUCAGAGAGCUCCUCAAGGUGCUUUAUUUUGAAAAUAUGUAAUUCUACACUAAAACACAUAAUAUACAUAAUAUCAUAAAUCAUUGUCACUACCACUAGUUUUACUAGUUUUCAAGGAAAGCCAAGAAUCUGGUGAAAAUGACUUUCUUUCACUUCUAUGGGACACUGUAGUCUGUUAUCACUUGAUGAGGAUUUUUAUAACCUAACCAAACCAAAAACAGUCCAGUAUCAUGUACAGAACUUCUAAAUGUGUAUUUAUGUCGACAUUAUGGAUUUUUAAUACUUGAAGCUUACAUGCCUUUUACAGUCAUUUUGGGUUUAAACACGCCAAAUGAAGCAGCUAUUUGUGUUGUUGUAAAAGAGGGCUGAACACUAUAAGGACAUGAUGUUAAUGUAUGCCCAACUGCCAUGAAACAUGUUAGUCAUUGUCCACCGCUGAGGUGCUACACAUCUAAAAACAUUAUUUCUCUUAUCAAGGAUUUGGUCUCAGUUGAUCACAAUUACAUUGGGAUGGGUUUGCCAAUGUGUUUAGAUUCAGUUUUUCUUUCUCUGGGUGUGACAGCUCAACUUUACCAUCUUGUAAACGUCAAAAAAAAAGGUUUUGACUUGGGAAAGUUGAUUGAGGCCUGCUAAACAGCAUUUCUUCUGGUAAAUGUUCUGCUGCUCUCGGGGAGGAAGGUUACAUGAGACAUGUCAUCAAAGUCAGAGCUUGUCUGUGUCAUGAUCCCCCCCCCCCUUUUAACAAUUAUCCCUUUGUAUAAAAUCACUAAUCCUUUAAUUUUUUAUCUGGUUUUGUAAUCCUGGUUAAUGCUGACUUUCUUGGUCUAUUCUUUAAACGAUGGGGAAAAAACUGAAACCAAAAGCAAACCUGAAACCAUUACAACUUAAACAUGUGAGUGUACAGCAUUUCUGACAUACUGCAUGCAUACUGUUGACCACUGUGUCUGUCAGCGUGUAACUCUUCCAUGCUCUGUUCAGUGGUCGGUGUUUACAGAGUGUGCACUUGGCCUGCAUUAAAUACUAUGUAAACAGCCCCACAACCACAUACAUGUUAGCCAGCUAAAUGUACAGUAGCUGGCUUAGAGGGCCUGGCUAAGAAGUAAGGAUUCUUCUCAGUAAAUAUUUGCCUGGUAAAUGCCCACUUCACUGCUAAAGGGGAAUAUGGAGUAGAGUUUUAACACCAGACAUGCAAAUGCCUUUAGUUUGAAUUUCCCACCGCUCUAAAGGAACUGUAGAUUGGAUUGUUUCUGAAAUUGCUUGUGAGAAAACUCUAGUUGUCUGGCGAGAAGCUUUUAGCAACAUUGCUUUGCAGCACAGGAGAUAUACAAAUAUUCCCAAAUGAUCACAUAUUAUUUUAGUCAGUCUCUGGACUAUAACAAAACUAUAUUUAAAACUAUAUUUCCCA